ACUUGUAUUAAUGUUUUAGACGAAAAGGUCAAGAAGUUUCUCUUCGAUCUUCAUACCCAGUGGCUUGAUUUGAUGAGCUCUACGUCUUCUUCCUUUCAGAUGGGUGAGCUUGUAGCUGACAAGCAUGUUCGUUACAUUCUCAUGACAGAAAAGAAGAAAGAGAGUUUUGACUCUGUGAUGAUGGAUCAUUUAAGGAUGAACGGUGCAUACUGGGGACUCACCACUCUAGCCUUAUUUGAGAAGCUUAGCUCUGUUUCCCUAGAUGAAGUUGUUUCAUGGCUCAUGACUUGCCAGCACGAAUCUGGUGGCUUUGCUGGCAACACUGGACAUGAUCCACAUGUUUUAUACACACUGAUCAGUGCUGUACAAAUCUUGGCCCUCUUUGACAAACUAGACAUUCUUGACGUUGGAAAAGUAUCAAGCUAUAUUGCUGGUUUGCAGAAUGAAGAUGGAUCUUUCUCAGGAGAUAUGUGGGGAGAAAUAGAUACGAGGUUUUCGUACAUCUCUAUAUGCUGUCUGUCAAUAUUGAAAUGUCUUGACAAGAGCAAUGUGAAGAAGGCUGUUGAUUACAUUGUUAGCUGCAAAAACCGUGACGGUGGUUUCGGGUGCACACCUGGAGCUGAAUCACAUGCAGCACAGAUUUUCCGUUGCGUGGGUGCUCUUGCUAUCACCGGGAGUCUUCACCAUGUUGAUAAGGACUUGCUUGGUUGGUGGUUGUGUGAGAGACAAGUCAAAUCUGGGGGCAGGGAUGUUAUAAUGGGUUUUGUUAGCGGGUUUUUAAUGGGUUUAAAAAAGAAUGUCCAUUUAGACUCAUUUAGUUAAAUGAGUUUUAAAAGGGUAGUUUUGUUAAGAUUCAUUUAAAUGGGUAGUUAAUCAAAUCAGGAAAGAUGAGAGCUUUAAAAUCAAAUUAGCAACGAAAUGUUGAGACACAAAACUGACAGUCCAAGAUGAACUUGACAAGCUUUGCUUUAUCGAUCUAGUGAACUCGAGUUUCUUUCCUGAUUUGAUCAGGAUUUGGAUAGGGAUGUUAAAAUGGUAAAACCCACCCGUUUAAGAUCCACCCCAUUUAAAACUCUUACCCGUUUAGACCCAUUUAAAACUCAUUUAACUAAAUAGUUCUAAAUGGACAUUAUUUUAAACCCAUUAAAAACCCGCUAACAAAACAAACAUCCCUAAAUUUGGAGAAUGGAGGCAUCUCAGACCCGACCAGACGAUGCUGUUGAUAUCUACCACACCUACUUUGGAGUUGCAGGGCUUUCCCUUCUUGAGUACCUGUGGAGUCAAAGCAAUGGAUCCAGCCUACGCUUUGCCUGUUGACGUCAUCAACCGGAUCAUCCUCAACAAAUGAAAGCAGAUAAUUGCACUUGAUAUAACACUAAUAUGCUGGUACUGCAAGUUAUAGUUGAAGAUCUGACUCCCUUAAGUGUUUCUCAAGCGAUGCUAACUUCUCCAGAGUGAAACAUUUUGCUCUGAAACUCUCCAACUCGUCUUGAAGACUCCUUUUUUGCUUUCUUCUAAUGUAUUUGUAUUUGGAUUCUGUUUCCUCAGCCCUUCCUUCAGUCUUUGGCUAAUUUGUCCUAGUUGAUACGUUCAAGAUAUGUUAUCUGAUUAGCAGAAGUAUCAUUCAGUUGUUCCUAAAAGAGAGCUAACUUUUUCACUUAAUAUGGAAUUUUCAGGG